CAUGAAGGCAGUUGAGUCGCUGCCCUAGCCGUGAACGCGUCGCCGUCGCAUUCCAAUCAGCUCAUACAGAAGCAACCAAAGAGUUCCAGUGCCACGGAAGUUCGAAUAUUGCAUUUAUACAAUUAUAAUUAAGUCAGAGCUUGACAUGGAUCGCCACAGACUGUCCACGUUUAUGAGCCCCUUCCAGGCACGCCCCUGGAUGAUAAGCAGUGGCGCCGCUGCGGCGCCCAGUGGUGGCUCCAAGGGAUUGAAGGGUAUCAUUGCCGGCGGCAUAACCGGCGGCAUUGAAAUCUGCAUAACCUAUCCCACCGAAUACGUGAAGACGCAACUGCAGCUGGACGAGAAGGGCGCCAAUAAACGCUACAAUGGCAUUGCAGAUUGUGUGAAGAAGACGGUCCAGCAACGGGGCUUUUUCGGGCUCUACCGAGGCCUCAGCGUGCUCAUCUACGGCAGCAUACCCAAGUCGGCAACCAGAUUCGGUGCCUUUGAAUUCCUGCGAUCCAACUUCGUCGACUCUCAGGGCCAGCUUAGCGGCUCAGGCAAGCUGUUAUGCGGCAUGGGGGCUGGCGUGUGUGAGGCUAUCAUUGCGGUCACGCCCAUGGAAACAAUUAAGGUGAAGUUUAUCAACGAUCAGCGCAGUCCGAAUCCCAAGUUCAAGGGCUUUGCCCAUGGCGUCCGUGAAAUAAUCAAAACGGAGGGCAUCAGCGGCAUCUACAAGGGUCUCUCGGCAACCAUCAUGAAGCAGGGUUCCAAUCAGGCCAUUCGCUUCUUUGUCAUGGAGUCGUUAAAGGAUCUGUAUAAGGGCGGUGAUCAUAAAAAGCCGGUGCCAAAAUUGUUGGUGGGUUUGUUUGGUGCCAUUGCGGGAGCCGCAUCCGUGUUCGGCAACACACCCUUGGAUGUGGUUAAGACCCGUAUGCAGGGCCUCGAGGCAGCCAAGUACAAGAAUACGGCGGAUUGUGCAAUGCAAAUAUUUAAGAACGAGGGCCUGGCGGCAUUCUACAAGGGCACGGUGCCGCGUCUGGGACGCGUGUGCUUGGAUGUGGCGAUUACGUUCAUGAUCUACGACUCCUUUAUGGAAAUAUUUAACAGCAUCUGGAAGGGCUAAAUUUAUGUUUAAGUGCUAGUAAACGUCGUGCAUGCUAAAUUGACCUAGUCAACUAUAACAAUACUGGAUACACACACACACACAUACGCACACCCACGCCCAAACGAGACAUAAAGUUAAUUCUGCAUGAACCUAUACAAAUUGUGUCUGUGCAGAUCACUUCGCAACGAACUGUAAAUAGCCAAUAAAAUUCAUUGUACAACUAAGAAA